CUAUGAUCAAUAAUUCUUUAGUUUCUCAUCAAUUUCAAAAUUCACCAUCAUAGUAUCCUUUACCUGUUCCUAACCCUGCUUAACCUAUUUCUGCUAGAUAAAAAAUCCAUGUCGCUAACUUACCUUUAAAUGUCACAACUCAAUAAUUGUAAUAAGCCUUUUAAACAUAUGGGAAUAUCAUAGACAUUAGAAUCAUAAGAAAAACACCCACAGGUAUAGGAAUUAAUUCACAAAAGGAUUACCUUUACAUAUUUCAUGCUAUGCUUUUAUUGCUUUUGCUGAUAAUGAUGCAGCUGAUAAGGCAAUCUAAGAUGGUGGAAUAGGAGAUUGGACUGUGAAACCUUAGAUUGAUAAAUAAACUAUUACUAAAUGUAAAUCUCGUUCUAGAUCCAGAUCUUAAGAGAAAAACAGAUAAGUACUUACUAAUGGACCCAUUACUCCUUUGGAGCCGUCUCCAAAAAUAUAAAUUCAACUUUUCGUUAGAGAAUUGUUUGUUAGUGGAAUUUCCAAGAAUUAUGAUGAAUAGAAGAUUCGCUAGGUAAUAGAAUGUGAAAAUUAUAGAUUUUUUAAUAAUUUGGUCCUAUAGAGAGGAUUGAUCUGUAUCCUAAUAAGCAUAAUAUUUUUAACAGUUAUAUAAAAUUUUUUACUGUAUAAACUUUUUUUUAUUUGAAUUUAGAUAGAUUAAGCUAUUUUUGCUUAUUAAAAAAUGGAUAGUAUUUAAUAAUAAUUUUCUACUUAAAUAAAAAUUUAUUUUUCUGACCCUAUAAAAAGACAUAAUAUAGUUGGCAACAAGUAAAUUUUAUUAGAUUUUUUAGUUUAUAAAAUGAAUAACAAUCUAAACUUUCAUAAGUAUUAUUUAUAUUUUUUCCUCCUAAUUUAAAUAAAAAGGUUGAUCAUGCAUUUUUGCUUGAAGUAUUUAUUUAAUUGAUAAAAAAAGAUAUGUUAAAAUCAUCAAUGCCGACCUCUCUUUUGGAAUCAUGUGUAAUAGGAUACAAAUUAUAAAUCAUAUACACUUCUAUAAUUUAGAGAUACAAAGUAAGCGAUUUAGAUAAGAAAUUAUCUGUAAUAGCAUUUAGUAGACCUUUUGGGUGAUUCAAAAUGUGAAGUUGGAAUAAUAUCAUUGCCUACAAUUCCUAUGCAAUAGUAACAACAAUAAUAAUAAUAAUAUUAACCAAUUCCAAUCAUUCCAUAAUAACCAUUAUAAAACAAAAUGCUGAUGAUCCCUCCUAUUACUUAACCAUAUUAAAAUAGUUAUUAACCACUUUUCGUUUAAUAAUAAGUCAUGUAUUAAUAGCCACAAUUCCUAAUGUCUAAACAAGAAAGAAGAAUGUAACAUCAAUUUAUAGAUCCAACAUAAUUUAAUAUUCCUCCAUAAAUUUAACCUCAUGAAUUUGAAUACUAAAUUAAACCUAUUUCUAAUCAAAAUGUAAAUCAAGAAAUUCUAGAUGGAUUUGUAAACUUUGAUACUUAAUAAUAACAAUAAUAACAUAGAUAAGAUUGGGAUACAUUUUGGAGUGGAUUCAUGUUUAGAAGUAAAAGUCAUAAGGUUGGUGUAGAUGCAAAAUGUUAAGAAGCUGAAGUAGAUCAAUAUAUAAAUAUUAAAUAAUAGGCUCCUAUUUCAAUGACUCCAUAAAUCUAAGUCAAUUAUAAAGGUAACUUUCCAGAUGCUAAAAAGUAAGCUAAUGAAGCUUUUAAAUUUAUACUUUGUCCUUCAGAUGUUAAUUAAGUAUUUAAACUAAAACUAAUAUUAGAAUACAGCAUUUUAAGAAUAUAUAGAUUAUUUUUCAGAGAAGAACAAAAUAGGGGUUGCAUAUAUUGGAAAUAGUAUUCUUUAUUUGCUACCUCCAAAUGAAAUCACAAAUUCUAUAUUGCCUAUAUAAGGAUUAGAGAUUCUUGCGUUGUACAUUGAAGAUAAGAAGAAAUACAUCAAUACCAAUUAAGAUCAUGUUUUAUGA